GUGAGUGCCGGUGUUUUAAAUGUAAACAUAUUAAAUACAAAUAAAUAAACAAUGAAAUUGUAAUAGCAUGCGUGUGUCAAAUUACAUACAACUAUAUUUUCGUGUAGUGAAUUGCUGGUGAGGGAUUUUACAAAGCAAAAUUGUAUUGCUCGUUAGCCUAAGCGCGUAAUGGCAGUUUCUUGAGCAGAAAUUCGCAUGCGAAUUGUUUAUGGUAUGUGCGGAUUUAGAUUUAUACACUGCACUUGCUGUCGUUGCACAAUGAAGAUUUGUCGUUUAUAAACUACGACACACUCAGAUACGGCUACAGCUGACAGCGAAAUAACAAUCAAAUUGCUAAAUUGAGUUUGAAAAGUGUUGAUAUUAAUUAAUCAACCAUCGCUGCACACGGUUGCAUUUUAAAUAUAAUGCAUAUGAUGUUAUUGUAGUGGUAGUGGUAUGAUUUUGAUAGCUGAUUAUUGUAUGAAUUUUCAAGUACUUUUGCACUUACCAGAUAAACAAGAUAUAAAUAUAAGUAUAUGUAAAUAAAUCUGAAAAAAUAUACCCAUCGCAGAUAGUGAUUCGUCCACGUUGUUUAAGCGCUUAAGUGCCACUUAAAAUCUUGAUAUAAUUUGCUGAUAAGCAUCACAUUAUUUAAUUUAGGCUUACUAUGCUUAUUCAUAUAAUAAAAUAAAGCGCGUUGCCUAAACAAUUACUACAUAAGUUGUGUUUUGAAGCGUUAGGAGCUAGUAGCACGAGAAUUAGCUCGCAAAUUAAGCAAUUAUAAAUAAUAAAUCACCAGUACUCUUCUAAUUAUAGUAGAAGUCAUUAUAGACGCAAUAGUAUAUUUAUUCCCCAACCUCCGACACACUGCGUAUGAAACAUAGCUGCCGAAAUUUCAACAUAUUGCCAAACAGUGCCUAUCAAACAGUCAACGCGCUAAACUCUAAACACAAUGAGUGAGUCCAACGACAAAACGCAUUUAAAUUAUAUUAAAGAAUAUGUAGUGCCGGAAAUUUUGACAAAAUUGCAAGGCGAGACUUUGCUGAAGUUCGAGCUGGAGCAUGCAAGCGGUCUGGACGGUUUUAUGUCGGCACUCUACAACAUUAAAUUACAUACAUCGACUGCCGACGGCGCCAAGCAGCGGCUGCUUGUGGCCAAAUUCAUGAAAGGCGAUGUAUGCUUUCGCGAGUCCAGCAAGUCGUACAUACAAUUUGCCAAUGAAAUAUUUGUGUAUAAACGCGCCUUGCCCGCCUUUGCUAAAGUGCUAGCCACCGCUAAGCUCAACAUCACCAUUGACGAUUGGGUGCCACAUCCUUAUGUGGCGAAAUUUGGUUAUAUUGCAGGUUUGAGCGCCGCGCCGGGUAUACGUGAGUCAGUGUUAGUGCUCGAACAUUUGAAACCGCGCGGUUAUGUGCUGGGACCACGUCUAUAUCUAACGCGUGAACACUUGUUGCCAAUGUGUCGUACCAUCGGACAAUAUCAUGCCAUUAGCUAUGCCUUGCGGUUAAUUGAUCCAACGCAAUUGAAGCGCUUGAAAAGUGAAAUAGUCACGCUGCCGUUCAUCAACGAUGCGGAUCCGAAUUAUGCGGAAAAUAACUUUUAUCGUUAUCUCUACCGCGCUGCUUUCGAUCGCCUUUAUGACUUUUUCGAUCGUACAAUUAAUGGCAAUACGUUUGAUAAACAGAAUGCAGAUGAUUUAAAAUUAAUUGAGCGUUUGCGUGAUUUGCGUGCGAAAUAUAUUGAAGAGCCAACGCGCCUAUUGGAGAAAAUACGCACAGGUGUUGAGGAUAACGAGCAGGACAAGUGUUUCGGCGCCAUAUUACAUGGCGAUUACAAUCGCAAUAAUGUGCUGUUCCGUUAUGAAGCGCCGGUAGCCGGCGAUAUUGCGGCGCCUAAAGUGGCCGACGUGAAAAUGAUUGAUUUUCAGGAGAUGCGUUAUGGUAGCCCCUCUUUAGAUUUGAGUUUCUUCAUGUACAUGAAUACCACUGAGGAAACGCGUGAGUCCAUGUGGUUGGAAAUGCUGCAAACAUACCACACAAAUAUGUUUAAUACAUUGCAGGCAGCUGUUAAAGCCAAUGCGAACGUUGAUGCUGCGCAAUUGGCGGCCUACAGUUUUGAAGCAUUCCAUGCACACUUUAAACGCUAUGCCUUCUAUGGCGUCAUGAUUUGUCUACACUUUCUACCCUGGAUGCUCUCGAGCGAAGCGGAAUGUGCGAAGAUCUCGCAUCUCUUCGAGACCAAUUUGCGUGGCGAAGAGUUUCGUAGGGUUUCCAUUGAGAUUGGUGGCGAUGCAGUAAAUAUGCGUUUGUUGGAGGUACUGCGACAUGCCUGCAAAAUGGGUUAUAUGGAUGAGCUUUGAGGUUAGGUUAGUUAUGUCUUAAGCGUUUUAAGACAAAGUCUGCAGGUGCCUUUUAAAGUAAUUAAAUAUGUGUAAUAAAUUAGUAAAUAUAAAAGCAAAUUUAUAAAAAAAAAUUGUCUCUAAGCGGUGUAAAUAACAAAAAUGUGCUGGUAUGCUGUGAAGAAAGUGCUAGAAUCUAACAAUAUUACUCAGCUGCUGUCUACAAAUGCUUCUAAAUAAUAAAUAAGUGCAAUAAACAGUUAUAAAUAUAUAAUAAU